CUUGACUUAGAAUGAGCCUUUCUAUCUUUAAUCACAAACUGAAUAGUGCAGGAGAAGUUUUGGAAAACAGGAAAAAGCUACAGGAAAGAACUACACCCAGUCUGUCUCAGCAGAAAUCUGUCUUCAUCGCCAUAAAAGGAAAGUUGUGAAGCAGUGAAACCAGUGUGUGUUAGAAACUUUGGGUCGUCUUCUUGAGCCAAAGGAAUACAUGAGCUAAACUUUAGAAAAAGUGUGUUACAACAUUAAAAUGCAGCAGACACAGCAUCAGAUGAAGCUGUCGGCGUUGUUGUUGCCAACCCUGCUGGCUCUAUCCUCAGCAGCUCCUCAGGACUUUGACAAGAGAGAAGAGCAAAGAAAUGUUUCCUCGCUGAGCAAUGCUCUCGAGGACCAUCCUGAAAUCGCAGCUAAAGCAUCAAUGAAGCAUGCACGGAUUCUAAGUCUUUCUAGGAUGCGGCAGAAGAGGUCAGUUCAGUCUUCUUCUGUUGUGUCUGAUGAUGGAACCAUCCUGGAGUGGGUGACCUGGAACAACUCUCUCCCCAACGAUACCGUCUCAACUUACACUGACUAUGUCCACCGCACUGAUUAUAUCUGCAAAUACAAAUGUGACGCCGGCCUUUAUAACCCCAAAUUUGGUUCUUAUUGCAUAUAUCCCCGAAACAAAAAAGAAUUUCGUGGUUUCCCCUUUGAGGUCCUGGUGAACAAAGACAACUUUGAGACUCUGGAGUGGAAGGAUAGCUCAAACGGGUCACCAAUUCAGAAUGCAAUCCGGACCUGCCCUGGAGUGAAGGUCUAUGUAGGCAAGAACAAAUAUGGACUUGGGAAGGUGGUGACUCAAGACAAGCGCUUCUACCUGCCUUAUAUGGAUAAAGAAUAUUGGUACAAUUCCUACCAAGUCCUGACCAUCAGUGAGAAUAUAGUCAGCCAGCAAAUCGACAAUGUCGUGUACAACACUGAUAAGUCUGAAAUCAUCCGCUAUCCUCCAGAGAUCAUACGUGAAACAGCCAUCACCAACUAUGAAUGCAGCCCAGUGGUGAAAACAGACAGCCUGUCCAAGACGUAUCAGGUGGAGCAGAGGUGGGACAACACCUACUCUGUCAGGUUUGGUGUUAAAACCAGCUUCAAAGCAGGUGUCCCAUUCAUCGCCGAAGGAGGCAUUGAGAUCAGCACCGAUGUGACGCUGCAGUUCAACAGGGGAGGCUCGGUGGUUGAAUCCAUCACUGAUACUGUCUCUGUGGAGAUCAGAGCUCCUCCAAACCACAGAUGCACUGCAACCAUGAUGCGUUACAAGUACAAACUCAACAUCCCUUAUACAGCACGGCUCAGCCGCACAUACGGCAAUGGGGAGGUCCGUACGGUGAUCAUCACCGGGACGUACGACAGCGUUCAGGUUGGAGAGGUGCGAGCUGUGGUGCACCGAUGUAAACCUGUGGCCGACGCAAAGUCAUGCCCCGAAUUCUAAAGGAUGACACAGUAGAAGAUGUAUUUAAACAACAUCUGAUGAAAAUUUGAAAAUGUCUCACAAGUAAAUAUGCAUGUGUUGAAAAUUCCAAUAAAAUAUGUGCCCUACCAGGUCAUUUUAAUUUUGUCUCUGUACAUUAAAUAAACAUUUUGCAAUGUACAAAAAUAGAAGCAAAAAUGCUUUGAUGGUGGUUAGAAGACUGAAAAUUGUACUAAUACAAUGUUGGGUAAACUAGGGUAAGAUGCCCCAAUUAGAUUUCCCCUCCUGACUAUUAGAUAUGGUCAGUUUUCUAAUAAAUGUCUAAUCUAAGAGAGCUAACCAGCAAGAAAAAAUAUAUUAUCAUCUGUCUAAAAGGCUCACUUUCAUGUUAAGCUAAACAUGUUAUGCAGUCUUUGCAUGCUCUAGCACUAGCUAACUAAGUGACUUUGUGUUAAACUAAUAAUGUCAUGCAAUGUUAGCAUGCACUAGCUGACUAGCAACCUUUAUGUUAAGCUAAUAAUGGUAUGCAAGGUUAACUUUCUGUUGUUUGCUAUUGCACAAGCUGUCUUGAAUUCUUAGCGCUUGCCAGCUAAACAGUCACGAUCAAUUUAUAUUAUUUUCAUGUUAAGAUAAUUAAUGAAAGUUAUAGCUUUUGUCGUACAGGCCCCUAAAUUGUUAAUAAUUUUGAGGAAAAUUAAAUGAUUAAAAAUA